AUGGACUCAAGAAGCAGUAAGAAUUUGUCAUAUACAGUAAAUAGGGUCUAUCCUGAUCAACUUGUUCCAAAGAUAAACACAAUCAAGAAAAUGUCCACCUUAGCAAACACACUCAGCAUCCUAGAAAUGCCACAAGAGACGAAGAAAAGCUGUGGAGAUAAAAAGGUAGAAAUCACAGUUGAAAGAAUAAAAAUGGCAAAGAGCAUCAAGGAAAAACAAAGCAAUGAUUUUGAGAAAGUGGCCCUUAAACGGAAGGCAGAAGGUGAAGAAAAGCCAGCUGGAAAGAAAGAGGCAAAGAUAAUAGAACUUGACAGCCCUUUGCUCACCAUGCCUCUGCCUCACAUCCCCUUAAAGAAUAUCAUGGAUGUGGAGGUGAAGCUGGUUUACGUUGAUGAAGAGGACGUGAGCUAUGAGUUUGUAGAGUCCUUCAGGUCUACUGGGAUUCGGCCAACAUGCCGAGCUGCUGAAAUAGUAGACCCUUUGCGUGUACCAGAUUUCAGCUUUCUGCCUCAGAUUGACAAAUGGCUUCAGGUGGCCUUAAAGGAUGCCAGCUCUUGCUACAGACAAAAGAAAUACGCCGUGGCAGCAGGACAAUUCAGAACAGCAUUGGAGCUUUGUAGCAAAGGGGCAGCUCUGGGAAAACCAUUUGAAGCAUCUGCUGAAGAUAUAGCAAGUGUGGCAAGUUUCAUUGAGACAAAGCUUGUUAUGUGCUAUCUACGGAUGAGGAAACCUGACCUUGCCCUGAAUCACGCACACAGGAGCAUUGUUUUAAACCCAGCCUAUUUCCGAAAUCAUCUUCGUCAGGCAACAGUGUUUAGAUGUCUGGAGAGAUAUUCAGAAGCUGCCCGGAGUGCCAUGAUUGCUGACUACAUGUUCUGGCUCUGCGGAGGAAGUGAACAGUAUAUAAGCAAGCUCAUCAAACUAUAUUGGCAGGCCAUGAUUGAAGAAGCCAUCACCAGAGCAGAAUCUUUCUCGGUUAUGUACACACCAUUUGCAACAAAAAUAAGAGCUGAUAAAAUAGAAAAAGUUAAAGAAGUUUUCACAAAAACUCAUCCUGCAUAUGUGGAAUUUAUCUACACAGAUCUUCAAGGACUCCACACGUUGCCUCAAACAGCUGACUGGUCAUCUUUUCCUCCCCAACAAUACCUCUUGACUCUUGGGUUCAAGAACAAAGAAGAUGGGAAAUUUUUGGGAAAAGUAUCAAGUAGGAAGAUACCAAUAUUUAUAGAACAUAAAACUCCCUUCGGUCUGCAGACCAGAGAAGAAACAGUGAGACACAUGGAGACGAUGGGGAAGCGCAUCUUGCCAGUACUGGAUUUUAUUAGAAGCACCCAAAUGAAUGGGAGUUUUCGUGCGAGCUCAGGUGUGAUGGAGAAGUUGCAAUACGCCACCCUCCUCAGCCAGCUGCAGAGAGUGAAGGAGCAGUCCCAGGUGAUCAAUCAAGCCAUGGCAGAACUAGCAACCAUUCCCUAUCUACAGGACCUCAGUCAACAGGAGGCAGAACUGCUGCAGUCACUAAUGGCAGAUGCUAUGGACACCCUUGAAGGAAGAAGAAACGAUAAAGAACGUGUGUGGAAUAUAAUUCAAAAGGUUGGACAAACUGAAGACUUUCUAUACCAAUUAGAGGAUAGUUUCUUAAAAACUAAAAAACUGAGAACUGCUCGAAGACAAAAAACCAAAAUGAAGCGGCUUCAAACCACCCAGCAGAACUAA